AUUACCCAAAACCUAAACCAUUGCAGUUAUUCAAAAUGUGGCAUAUUGAGCAUAUGGAAAUCAAUUGUUGCGUGAACAUUACCUGAACUUUUGGACCAAAAACAAGGGCGCACAUGAACAAAAUGAUGUGAGCGUGUAGUUAAUUUGUGGCAUUUGUGAGCAAGUCUUCAAAAGAAGUGGAAGUUUCGAACUUUCUUCGGUUCUUCUCGUUGCCCAUUUCAUAUUUUUUCCGGCACCUGUUUAAUUAUUGUGCGGCUCGAGGUGGACUAUCCUACAGAUCCGAAAAUGGACGACGAGAGCGACGACAAGGAUGAUACAAAAAGCUUGCUUUGCAGGAAGUCGCGUAAUCUCAGCGAGAAGAAGCGGCGGGAUCAGUUCAACUCGCUGGUCAACGAUCUGAGCGCCUUGAUAUCCACCACCAGCAGAAAGAUGGACAAGUCCACGGUGCUGAAGUCCACGAUUGCUUUUCUGAAGAAUCACAAUGAGGCCACCGAUCGCUCCAAGGUUUUCGAAAUACAACAGGACUGGAAGCCCGCGUUCCUCAGCAACGAUGAGUACACCCAUCUGAUGCUGGAGUCCCUCGAUGGCUUCAUGAUGGUCUUCAGCAGUAUGGGCUCCAUCUUCUACGCCUCGGAAAGUAUUACCUCCCAGCUGGGCUAUCUGCCGCAAGAUCUGUACAACAUGACCAUUUAUGACCUGGCCUACGAGAUGGACCACGAGGCGCUGCUGAGCAUCUUUCUGAAUCCCACACCGGUAAUCGAGCCCAGACAGACGGACAUUAGCUCCAGUAACCAGAUCACGUUCUACGCCCAUUUGAAACGCGGCGGGAUAGAGAAAGUGGAUGCCAAUGCCUACGAGUUGGUCAAAUUCGUGGGCUACUUUCGUAACGAUACCAAUACCUGCACGGCUUCCAGUGCGGAGGUUUCGAAUGGCUCGAAUGGACAACCUGCGGUGCUGCCGGCCAUCUCCCAGCAGAAUUCCAAUUCGGAGGUGGACAAAAAGCUGGUUUUCGUGGGCACUGGACGCGUACAGAAUCCCCAGCUGAUCCGGGAAAUGAGCAUUAUCGAUCCCACCAGCAAUGAGUUCACCUCGAAACACAGCAUGGAGUGGAAGUUUCUGUUUUUGGAUCACCGAGCACCGCCCAUCAUUGGCUACAUGCCCUUCGAGGUUCUGGGCACUUCCGGCUAUGACUAUUACCAUUUCGAUGAUCUGGACAAUAUCGUGGCGUGCCAUGAAGAGCUAAGGCAAACGGGUGAGGGCAAGUCCUGCUACUACCGAUUCCUCACAAAGGGCCAACAGUGGAUAUGGCUGCAAACGGACUACUAUGUGAGCUACCACCAGUUCAAUUCCAAGCCGGACUACGUGGUCUGCACCCACAAGGUUGUCAGCUAUGCCGAGGUGCUAAAGGACGGCCGAAAGGAGGCUAAAAAAUCCGGAAAGAGCAGCACUAGCACCACCAACAAUGGGAGCAGUAAGGUCAUUGCCUCCGCGGGAACCAGCAGCAAAUCCGCAUCUGCCACCACAACACUGAGGGAUUUCGAGCUGAGCAGCCAGAAACUGGACAGCACAUUGCUGGGCAAUAGUCUGGCCAGUUUGGGCAAUGAAACGGCAGCCACUUCGCCCGCCGUGGACUCAUCGCCCAUGUGGUCCGCGUCGGCUGUCCAGCCGUCUGGAUCGGGCCAAAUAAAUCCGCUGAAGACAUCGCGUCCCGCCUCGAGCUAUGGCAAUAUCAGUUCCACAGGUAUAUCGCCGAAGGCCAAGCGAAAGUGCUACUUCUACAACAACCGGGGGAAUGACUCGGAUUCCACGUCCAUGUCGACGGAUUCGGUCACCAGUCGGCAGUCCAUGAUGACGCACGUCAGUUCGCAAAGCCAACGGCAGCGAUCGCAUCCCCGAGAAAAUCAUCACAAUCAGUCACAUCAUCACAUGCAGCAACAGCCACAGCAGCAGCAGCAGCAUCAGAGUCAGCCGCAGCAGCCGCAGCAGCAGCAGCAUCAGCAGCAGCAGCCCCAGCAGCAGCAGCAGCCGCAGCAGCAGCACCAGCCACUGCAGCAGCAACUGCAGCAUACAGUGGGUGCUCAGAAAAUGGUGCCCCUGCUGCCGAUUGCGCCCACGCAAAUCAUGGCUGGAAAUACGUGCCAGUUUUCCCAACCCACCUAUCCGCUGGCUAGUCCCCAACUUGUGGCACCCACAUUCCUGGAGCCGCCACAAUAUCUCACCGCCAUACCCAUGCAGCCGGUGAUCGCUCCGUUUCCGGUGGCGCCAGUUCUAUCGCCACUUCCGCAGGCCCAACCGGAUAUGCUGCCCGACACGGUGGUGAUGACGCCCACACAGAGUCAGCUGCAGGAUCAGUUGCAGCGGAAGCACGACGAGCUGCAGAAGCUGAUUGUGCAGCAGCAGAAUGAGCUGCGGAUCGUCUCGGAGCAGCUGCUCCUGUCCCGCUACACGUAUCUGCAGCCCAUGAUGUCGAUGGGAUUCGCACCAGGCAGCAUGACAUCAACGGCGGUGGGUAACUUGGGAGCAGGUGGCCAGCGGGCGGUGAACUUCACCGGCAACAAUGCCGUGCAGCCGCAAUUCAAUCAGUAUGGAUUCGCCCUGAACUCGGAGCAGAUGCUCAACCAGCAGGAUCAGCAGAUGAUGAUGCAGCAGCAGCAGAAUCUGCACACGCAGCACCAGCACAAUCUGCAGCAGCAAAAUCAGAGCCACUCGCAGUUGCAGCAACACAACCAGCAGCAGCAUCAGCAGCAGCAGCAGCAGCAUCAACAGCAGCAGCAGCAGCAACAGCAGCAACAGCAGCAACAGCAGCAGCAGCAACAACAGCAGCAACAGCAGCAGCAGUUACAGCUGCAGCAGCCAAAUGAUAUUUUGCUGCGCGAGGAUAUCGAUGACAUAGACGCCUUCCUCAAUCUGUCACCCCUGCACUCCCUGGGCUCGCAAUCCACCAUUAAUCCCUUCAACUCCAGCAGCAAUAACAACAAUCAGAGCUACAAUGGUGGAGAUAAUCAGAAUAAUGGCAACCAGAGCAACAACAAUCGCAGUUCAAAUCCCCCGCAGAAUAACAAUGAGGACUCUCUGUUGUCAUACAUGCAAAUGGCCACCGAAUCGAGUCCUUCAAUCAACUUUCACAUGGGCAUCAGCGAUGAUGGCUCCGAGUCGCAGGGCGAGGAUAACAAGAUGAUGCACAGUUCCAGCAGCAAUCUGGUGCAGCAGCAACAGCAGCAGCAGCAACAACAACAGCAGCAGCAGCAACAGCAGCAGCAGCAGCAAAUCCUGCAGCAGCAGCAGUCAAACAACUUCUUCAGUUCGAAUCCCUUUCUCAGCAGUCAGAAUCAGAACCAAAAUCAUUUGCCAAACGAUCUGGAAAUAUUGCCCUACCAGAUGUCCCAAGAGCAAUCACAGAAUCUAUUCAACUCUCCUCACGCAGCCCCAGGCAGUAGUCAGUAGCCGGUGCCCACUGUAUAUAACUCUCUUUAGCGAUAGGAAAAGUUAGGAUUGUAAGAACUCCAGGCAACCCAUAUAUCCACAUAUCCGUGUAUUACCAAGUUUGGCCUCUGGCUCUCUUUAUCGAACCUCCUCUUUUGGAAGCCCAGAGCUAGUUGUAGAUCUCAACAGACUGAGUAUUGUCCCACCCCGCCCCCUUCAUGUGUUAUAUAUCACCUAGAUGUACUAUAGAAAAAGUUCUCAAAAUAAUCCAUGGUAAGCUCUAAAUCGUUGUACAUAAUGUUAUGUUUAGUUUGUAGCAGGAGCCCAUCGUUUCCAUAGGUUAGCCUUAUCCAGUAAGUGCCAUCGAGGCGCAAACAGGGAUCUCUGAUACAAAAUCGAACCUUAAAGCCUAAUCCUAAGUUAUUUGUAUUCUAAUAUAUUGAGAAGCGACUAACAUGCGAACGAGUUGAGCAAAGCUAAUCAAAUUCCAUAUUAUUUUCAAGACUGGGCUUCGUCAUUGAGGUCAAAAAUGAUAUUUAUCGUACGAUUUAGUUUUAUUCUGUAUGUAUAACUCAAAACUCAGGUUGAGAUUGCAACUGACAUUUAUUUUGCUGUGAACAUAUUCCCAUAAGUUUUCUUUAGGCCCGAUCUUUUUCGACAGCUGAAAUGCCAUUAGUUCAAUCAUUAACCCCAUUUCCGCCUGCAUUCCUAUUUUGCUGUUGGAAAAGUUCGUUCGAAUAUGCUUCGAUCUGCAGCUGAUAAAGAGCCAAAUGCUUUAAAACUUAGAACUUGUAAAUGGAAACCAACUAUCUUACACUCAACUACAACUACCUUAAUAAUUUUAGUUACUCAAUGGUUAAGAUUUGUACAUACCUAUAGAACGAGUCGGUAGAACUUGCUUAAGCCUGUAAAUACGCGUACGAUGAGGAUACUAUAGACCCAUUUUGUACCUAACUGUUUAUAUGUUUUCCAAAAGAGCUCAACAACAACAUCAAAAAGAAAUCCGAUUGACCAUGCUAAUUAAACCAAAAAUCAAG